AUGUGUGAUACAAGAAAAGGCACAUCCACGAGAAAGCCAAGAUUGAACGAGAACGUUGUCGAAACACAAAAAGUUGUGCAGAACUUUAUCAUCCAACAACAGCUUCCAAAAACGCCAAAAAGAAAAAACAGUGAGGCUCUUCUCUUUGAAACACCGUCAACAUCAAAAGUUCUAACUUCACCAGAAACUUUCAAACCUCCGUUAGAUGGUAGCUCUUUAAUCGGAGUCAGUGAAGAGUUCAGCAAUGUGCCACGACGACGCAAUGUUCCUUUACCCGAAGCACUGAUUGAAAGAGACCAUUAUAUGCAGAGAGAAGUCGUUGUUAACAACGUGAAAGUAAUGAUCAAAGAGUACCGUCCUAAACAAGCAGCUCGUGCUCGUGUCUCUGCUCUUCUCAAUAAUUCUUUCACA